GAUAAGUAUUGUAUAAUGCCACAAGUGUGCAAUUCUCUUUAUUCCGUAAUUGUAUCUCUCUCGGAAUACAUCACACCCUUGUUGAACGGAUCUCAUUUCAAGGAUACGGCCAUAUAGUCCGAUUACUUUUUUUAAUUGCAAGAAUGAAAGUUAAGAGAGUUGUAUUGGCAUCUAGGCCUGGAGUAUUUGGUGAACCAGUACCCGAAAACUUCCGCCUGGAGGGAGUGUCACUCUCAGAGGAACUUCAAGAUGGCCACAUUCUUGCUCGGACUUUGUAUCUAUCCGUGGAUCCUUACCUGCGUUGUCAAAUGGAUGACACUGGAAUGGAAGGUGUUCCGUCAUGGAAGAUUGGUGGGGUCCUUGACAGCAAUGGGAUCGGAGUUGUAGAAAAAAGCAAAACCAACGAGUUUACUGCUGGGGAUAUUGUUUCAAGCUUUAAUUGGCCAUGGCAGACACAGUGCAUCUUUGAUGGCAAAGUCUUACAAAAGAUGGACCCUAGUCUUGUGAAUGGACAACUCUCCCAUUUUCUGGGUGCAGUCGGCACUACUGGCCUAACUGCGUACCUUGGUAUGAAGGAGAAAGGUCAUGUGACUCCAGGAGCCAAUCAGACUUUGGUGAUCAGUGGCGCAGCCGGAGCGUGUGGCUCAUUGGCUGGGCAGAUUGGCCGUAUCCAAGGCUGCUCCCGUGUUGUGGGUAUCUGUGGUACUGAUGAAAAGUGCUCUUUCCUAAUUAAUGAAUUGGGCUUUGAUUGUGCAUUGAACUACAAGAAAAAGAACUUGGCAAGUAAACUGAAAGAGUGCUGUCCUAACGGAGUGGAUCUGUAUUUCGACAACGUGGGAGGAACCAUCAGUGAUAUGGUUAUCAGCCAGAUGAACCAGAACAGUCAUGUCAUACUGUGUGGCCAAAUAUCCCAAUAUAAUAAGGACAUGUGUCACCCACCCCCCCCACCUCCUCAGACAGAGGCCAUCCUGAAGGAACGCAACAUCACAAGAGAUAGAUUCCUGCUUUUCAACCAUACAGAUCAAUAUCAGUCGGGCAUUCAGCAGCUGAGCCAGUGGCUGCAGACCGGGAAAAUCAAGGCAAAGGAGACUAUUGUGCAAGGAAUAGAGAACACAGCAGGUGCCUUCCUGUCUAUGAUGACCGGUGGAAACAUUGGAAAGCAGAUUGUGAAAAUUUCAGAAUGACAGUUUGUCAAGAGUUCAACUAAUCACAAUGUGUAGACCAAGAGAAUACGAUACUGCUACGAAAUGCAAAAAUGCAAUGCUUUCUACGGAUCAAAUAAUGUAAUAUACUGCAAUUAAAAAGUAUGAUGAGAUUGACAUUAAAGGGUUACUGGAGCCCUACAUCAACAUUUAGUUUUUUAAAAUUAAAAUGACCUUCUGGGCAUUGCUAAUCGGU